CGCUCUUCCUCUUUUCACUUCCUCUACUCUUCAACAUUCCACUUUGUUCUCUGCGAUCUCACCAUGCGGUCCUGCUAUGGUCGAGGCAGACCAUUGAGGGCUGCCAUUGCUACGUGCUGUUUGGCAGCAUUCCUCUUCUUCGGCUACGACCAAGGUGUAUUUGGAGGUAUCCUUCAGAUGCCUGACUGGCUCGAGCAAUUCGAUCACCCCAAUGAUACAAAGACUGGAAUCAUCGUUUCCUCCUACUGCUUGGGUGCUCUUGCCGGAUGUAUCCUCAACGUUUUUAUCGGAGAUUACUUCGGUCGGCGACGAAUGAUAUGGAUGGCAAUGGGCUUCGUUAUUGUGGGCGCUACCCUUCAGACCUCCGCAUAUCACCUGGCGCAUCUUAUCAUUGGCCGCAUAAUCACCGGCAUUGGAACAGGAAUCGAUUCCUCCACCGUCCCCAUGUAUCAAUCAGAGCUGUGUGAGAAAGAACACCGUGGGCGUCUCGUCUCUUGGGAAGUGCUUUUCAUCGGUGUCGGUAUUGUCAUGGCUUACUGGAUCGAUUUCGGGUUCACUUACAUUGGUGGUUCCGUUGCAUGGCGCACCCCCAUUGCUCUUCAGCUCAUCUUCGCUAUCGCUGUUAUCUUCCUAGUUUGGGGACUUCCUGAAUCUCCCCGUUGGCUGGCCGCUCGUGGUCGUGAAGACGAAGCCAUCGAAGUCCUUUGCGCCGUCUUUGACCGUGACCGCAAUGACCCAUUCAUCGUUGAGCAAAUCGACGGCAUCCGCGAGGCCAUCGCUAUCGAAACUCGGGUUGGUGCUCAAAAGCUCAGCGGUCUCUUCAAGAAUGGGAAACUCAAGACUCGCCGUCGCGUCGUGCUUGCCUGGUUUGGUCUCUUCAUGAACCAGUUAUCUGGAAUAAACAUGGUGGUCUAUUACAUGCCAACGGUGCUGGUUAAGAACGUCGGACAAACCCCUCGCCUCGCACAAAUCCUCGCCGGUUGUGUCCAGAUCAUGUUUGUCAUUGGAUGCUUGCUCCCUUCUCUCCGCCUCGACCAAAUGGGCCGCAGGAAGACUAUGAUGUGGGGUUGUGGGGGCCUUGGGAUCUGCAUGAUGUUCAUUGCCGCCUUGCUAUCUGCCAAAGGGAACCGUGAGGCCAGUAUCGCAGCCGUUGCCUUCUUCUUCAUAUACAUGCUCAUCUUUGGCGCCUCCAUUAAUGUGGUCCCGUGGGUGUAUGGACCAGAGGUCUUACCCCUCGAAGCACGAACAAGGGGUACUGCUAUCUCGGUGUCGUCGCAUUGGAUGUGGAAUUUCUUCGUCGUUAUGAUCACGCCUGUUCUGAUUAAUCGCCUCGACUGGAAGACAUAUCUCAUCUUCAUGUGCACCAACCUUGUCUUCGUCCCAAUAAUCUACUGGUUCUACCCCGAAACCGGGAAUAUGUCUCUCGAGUCCAUCGAUAGCUUGUUCAUUAAACCUGGCGAAUAUGAUUCGGAAUCUGCGGAGGAGGGAGAGGCAGGAAGUCGGGAGGUGAAGGGUGAGACGCAGCAGGUUGGGAAGAUUUGA